AUGUUUCCUCUAGUGUAUGGCCUACUGCCUGAUAAGAAACAAUCAACCUAUGCAGAUUUCGGAAGACUUCUCAAGCAGAAGGCAGCUGAGCACAACAUCAAUCUACGACCUUCAACGUUCUUCCGUGAUUUUGAGAAAGGUGCACAGAAUGCAGCAACGGAAGUGUUCCAGUUUGAGCUAAAGGGCUGUAAGUUCCAUAACAGACAGGCCCUGGUGAAACAUGGAAGAAACUAUGGACUGCAGGGACCUUACAAGAAUGAUGACAACGUGCGUACAUUUGUCAGGCGUGCAUUAGCACUACCUUUGGUUAGGGGGUGUGAUGUCGACAACUUUUGGUUUCAUGCACUAGAGAGUGUUGAUCGGAAUGACCAGGGUGUGCAACGGUUUGCCGACUACGUCACCGAGCAGUGGGUUGAGGGUGGCGAGCUGCUGCUCUGGAACCACUUUCAUACAGAUGGACCUAGAACGACCAAUCACGUAGAAGGUUGGCACUCUCAUUUAAAUGCUCUGUCAGCCUGUCAUCCAAACUUGUCCAAGUUAGUGGACCUUCUAAAAAACCAUCAGUCCAGGGUGGAAAUUACAAUUACGGUUCCAGACGUCCCAGGAAGAAGCUGUAUCGAGCCCUGGAUGAUCGUCUUGCAGUGCUGA